GGAUUUUCCAUGUGGCUUUUUUCUUGCUGCCCUUGAGCAUCCAGGGCAUAGCCGCGCGCCUGCAGAAGUGAGCUGAAGUGCAAGAGAACCAGGGCGCUGUCCCGCCGCCGCCUGUCGAGCGGCCAGUGACAGUGAGAAUACCUGGAAUGAAAAGUCAACAGCGGAUAACAGAAAAGACGCCAACUCCUUUGAAGGCAGUGACUCAACGUUACUGAGAAAGAGGCUUUUCAGCACUGUUUUAUCGGGCUCUGAUUCACUGGAAUAUUUAUACAUAUACACUUCUCUGCAAGUUCGUUCCGGAUGACUUAGGACUGCAGUGACUGGGUGUGUUUGCAGCACUGUGACUGAUGGGUCUGCAUGGGAGAGCUUUCCACGUGGGCCCAGGGAUUGCUCUGACGUUCCCAGUGGAGACCGUGCACUGAGGGCUGAGUGCUUUCCUGUUCUUCCCGCCCUUGACAUUCAUUCAGGGGACUGGCAAGCCUGAGGGGGGAUAUGGAGCGAAGAUUUUUUCCUGUAGCUCAGAGUGCGUGACAUGCGAGCCCAGCAUGUCCAUCAGAAGCCCAUGGACUUCAGCGUCGGUGUGGUCACUCCUCCACGCGUUCACACGUGCUGAGAAUACAGUUUCUGGAUGUUUCCGCGAGACAGUCGGUUUGAUUUGGUCCCACUAGGAACUUGGACCCGAUCCAGUCCCCGCACGGCCGUCCCCUGCGCACCCUUCCGCCCCUCCACCGCGCCUCCUUUUCGCCCGCUCCCCUUGCCAUGCACGUGCGGGCCGGGACUGGGCCGCUGCUUGUCCUGCUGCUGCUGCACGUGGUCACCCGCGCCCUGGGCCAGUACGACCUGUGCAAGUCGCUGGUGAACACGGACGACGGCGCAGUAUGGGAGGAGUACGCGUGCCAGCCCAAGAGCAGCUCCAUGAAGGACUUCAUGCGCAUCCGCGUCGAGCCCCUCGGCGUGACGUGCGGGAACCCGCCCGAGCGCUUCUGCACGCUGGAGAACCCGUACCUGUGCAGUGAUGAGUGUGACGCCUCCAACCCAGACCUGGCCCACCCUCCCCAGCUGAUGGCAGACCGCGAGCGUGGCGGUCUGAUCACAUACUGGCAGUCGGUCACCUGGAGCCGCUUCCCGGAGCCGCUGCUGGCCAACAUCACCCUGACCUGGAACAAGACCUUGGAGCUGACCAACGACGUGCAGGUGACCUUCGAGUACGGCCGGCCGACCGUCAUGGUCCUAGAGAAGUCGCUGAACCACGGGCGCACCUGGCAGCCGUACCAGUACUACGCCGACGACUGCAUGGAGGCGUUCAACAUGCCGGCCAAGCGCGUGCAGGACCUGGCGGCCGCCAAUGCCACGCGCGUGAUCUGCACCGAGCGCUACUCGCGCUGGGUGGGCUCCAAGAGCGAGAAGGUGGUGCGCUUCGAGGUGCGCGCGCGCCUGGAGAUCUUCGCCGGCGCGCGCAUGGCCAACGCCGAGGCGCUGUACAUGCGCAUGGAGAACGCCAAGGGCCUGCGCGACUUCUUCACCUUCACCAACCUGCGGCUGCGCCUGCUGCGGCCCGCGCUCGGGGGAACGUACGUGCAGCGCGAGAACCUGCUCAAGUACUUCUACGCCAUCUCCAACAUAGAGGUGCCAGCCAGGUGUAAGUGUAACCUGCACGCGUCGCAGUGUGUGUUUACGGACGGUAACCUGCAGUGUGUGUGUGAGCACAACACCACCGGGCAGGACUGCUCGCGUUGCAAGAGGGGAUUCAAAGCCAAGAGCUGGAAGCCAGGCUCCUACCUCCCCACUCCCAAUGGCACACCAAACACAUGUGCUCAGGCUGGCAUGUCGGCUGGUUCCACGAAGAGAGUGUCAUCGGAUUCUGUAGCCAUAGAAACCACAUCUUCUAAAGCCACUACUCUGGCUACAACAACAACAACCACUACUACCACAAUAGCUACAACUACCACUACUGUCCCUACGACAACCACGGCCUCAAGCACUAUACUGCUUGUGACCACCACUCAACAGCCUACAACAGACUCUGCUGUGAGCUCCACAGCUCAGCCUGAUCUGUCCCAAGCGACUGACCUUCCUGCUGCCUGGACAGACUCUGCUGUGAGCUCUGCAGCUCAGCCUGACCGGUCCCAAGCAACUGACCUCCCCACGACCCUCCCAGACACUGCUGUGAGCUCUACAGGUCAGCCUGAUCUGUCCCAAGAAACUGACCCACCCGCCACCAUCACAGACUCUGCUGUGAGCUUGACAGCGCAGCCUGAACUGACCCAAGAAACUGACCCCCCCGCUACCAUUACAGACUCUGCUGUGAGCACCACGGCUCAGCCUGAACUGACCCAAGUGUCUGACCUGCCUGCUACCGUCACAGACUCUGCUGUGGGAUCCACAGCGCAGCCUGAACUGUCCCCAGAAACUGACCCACCCGCUAGUGUCACAGACUCUGCUGUGAGCUCUACAGCGCAGCCUGAACUGACCCAAGAAACUGACCCCCCCGCUACCAUUACAGACUCUGCUGUGAGCACCACGGCUCAGCCUGAACUGACCCCACAAACUGAACCACCCGCUAUGAUCACAGACUCUGCUGUGAGCACCACGGCUCAGCCUGAACUGACCCAAGUGUCUGACCAGCCUGCUACCAUCACAGACUCUGCUGUGAGCUCUACAGCGCAGCCUGAACUGACCCAAGAAACUGACCCCCCCGCUACCAUUACAGACUCUGCUGUGAGCUCUACAGCUCAGCCUGACCGGUCCCAAGCAACUGACCUCCCCACGACCCUUCCAGACUCUGAUUUGAGCUCGGUAGCUGACCCUGAUCCAUCUCCGGUCACUGACACCACUCCCACUCCCACAGAUGCAUCAGAGAGCCCCCCACCAUCUACAGUGGCCCCUUACACAGAACCACCCCCCACAGACCCCCCACCAACCACAACCCCAGCCCCGCCCCCUGAACCCACUGCAAUAGUCGACACAGCCCCUCCCACAACUCAGCCCCCGCCCCCAACACCACCUCCACCUCCACCCGCAACCACACCCGCUGCUACCGUGGCAUCUACCACAGCUGCCCCUAGUGAGGCUCCUUCCAUUGACACAACAACCCCAGCCAUCCCAGAGGCCCCAGAGCCCAUGGUAACAACCCCAGCCAUCCCAGAGGCCCCAGAGCCCAUGGUAACAGAGGCGCCAGCACCUCUGGAUUCUCAAACGUCUGCAGCUGAGGAUGUUGGGAAGCAGGAGGAGAUUAAACCAGAACCUGGAGACAACACCCUCCCAGAGCCUGAGGAAGAGGGCGCGAGUGAGGGAGAGAAGAGUGUGGAGCCGGUGGUCUCCGAGGAGAAAACAGAAGGGAAAGAGAUGGAGAAAAGAGAAGAAGUGGGUCCUUCAGCUUCAGAGGAGAAACCUAAGGAAGAGGGGGAGGCCUCAAAGAAGAAGAACAAUAAAUUGAUUGUGGAGUCGGAAGAGGACAAGCUGUACACAAAGAAAGCUAUCUUAAAGUUCCUGCUUGCAGAAGGGCCCAAGCCUAAACUACUCAAGGGAAUCAUUUAUGAUGACUUUAAAGACUGUGAAUGCUAUGGCCAUUCUAACCGGUGUAGCUACAUAGACUUCUUAAACAUUGUGACCUGUGUAAGCUGUAAGCACAACACCCGUGGCCAAAACUGUCAACAUUGUCGGCUCGGAUACUUCCGGAACGCCUCUGCGGAGCUGGAUGAUGAGAAUGUCUGCAUUGAGUGUAACUGCAAUCAGCUGGGCUCUGUGCAUGACCGCUGCAAUGGCACGGGCUUUUGCCAGUGCAAGGAGGGUGCUGGUGGAGCCAAGUGUGAUGAGUGUGUCCCAGGGUUCUUCUGGAGGCAGGGCUGCAUCCCGAAUGUGUGUGACGAGACACUGCUCGUGUGUCAGAACGGCGGCACCUGUCUGCAGAACCAGCGGUGUCUGUGCCCGUCGGACUUUAAGGGUGCGCUGUGUCAGCAGUCUGUCUGCGAGGGGGACAAGAAGUGCAGCGGCGCGGCCACACUGACCCCGAGCAUAGCAGCCCUGCUGUGCCCGCUGCUGUACCCGCUGCUGAAGGCCGCCCGCUUUGUGUCCUGAGCAACACCCGCAGAGAUACAGAUACACAGAGAGAGAGAGAGAGACAGAGACAGAGACAGAGAGAGAGAGAAAGAAAGAGAGAGAGAGAGAGACAGAGACACACAGAGAGAGAGAGAGAGAGAGAGAGAGACAGAGAGAGAGAGAGAGAGAGACGCUCAGACAAGCCAGCUCAACUAGAGUGGAGUUGUCAUCCAAUACUUCGAAGCACUGAAGGAGUGAGGACUCCCUCUACUGGCGAGGACUGGCACAUGGGAGGACUUCAACUUCUGCUUAACUGUUGAUUCUGACUAAAAAUGCUGCUCUUCAUUCACAAGCUGAUUGGCUUACCAGGGAGCAAUGGACAUGUCCUGUUCCCAGAGCUGGAUUUAAAACCAGGUUUACUUUUUUUUACGGAGAGAACAGAUAAAAUGACACAAGCCAAGGUUCUCCCUCCUCUGUGGCAGUUCUGUGGGAGUUUUGUAUUCUAUAGUAUGUACUGCAAACCACCAAUCACAGUCAACAAACCUACAAAUACUAUUGCAAUAUUUACAAAGUGACCAUUUAUAUUUUAGUCACAUAUUCCCUGUUUGCAAUAGGAGUGAAUGUUACCUCUUUUGGCUAAAGUCUAUCUUUUUUUUAUAAUCAAAGUUUUUAUUGUUUUUCCAUGUGAGAAACACAUAAUAUAUCUGUCACAUUUAACAACAUGUAACAGUACUAAACACACACCAUACAGCAAUCUACUACUACCACUAAACUAUACAGGAAAUGAGACCAGACCUGGUAGAAUUUACCCCCACCAGGCUAAAGUCUAUCUUGAAUGAGUAUCAGGAAGCACACCAAACAGGAAAUGUAAUGACAUAGCCAACCUAGAGAAAAUUUCAUAUCUGAAGGCAAGAUGGCUGUCGGGAAAAUAUUUAAGAGUUGUACAAAUUUUGUUUUCUUAAUUUUUGUUUUCCAUGAAUUAUUGUUUUUGUUUGGGUGUGUAAUAAAGGUGGCUUUGAUUUUCACAA